UCCCCUGGGUCCUCUCAGUCACACAGCCAGAGAGACGCAGAGAGACAGACAGCAUGAGGCUCGGGUUGAUACUCCUGCUAGCCGGGCUAGCUACUGUGUUUGCUGCAGAGGAGUCAUGCAUGGACCGCUGUGAGAAUGGCUUCGACUCCAAGAAGAAUUGCCAGUGUGACACCAUGUGUCGGUACUACAAGAGCUGCUGCUCAGACUAUGAGACCGCCUGUCGUAUGAAAACACGUGGGGACACCUUUGAAUUUGCAGAGGAUGAUUAUGGUCCAGUUGCCCCUACAACGCCCGUCUCCCCGACCAAACCUGAAGACCAGCUCCUCAUGGGGCCAACACAACCCCAGUCACAGAGCCAGCUAGAGGCGCAGCUCGAGGCAGCUAAAGCCACCAAAGCAGCAUUAGCCACACAUGCAGGUAGAGGCUCAGAUAGAGGCCCACAGAGAGGCCAGGUCCCAGUGGAAGUCCCACUCCCGGAGACAGCUAAAGCCACAGACGCACCAUCAGUCCCACAGGCACUCUCAAUCCAACAGAAAAUCUCAGUCUCCCAGAAAGCAACAGUAACAGAACCAGUCACAACAGAAGCUCCAGUCACAACAGCGGAAGUGGAUACAACCACAGAGGAAGUGAAGACAACCACAGAGGAAGUGGAGACAACCACAGAGGAAGUGGUGACGGCCACCAAGGCUCCGGUAGUAGAACCAAAUGCUGAGUCAUGCAGCGGCAGGCCCUGGGACUCCCUCAUGCAGCUCAAGAAUGGCUCUGUCUACGCCUUCAGAGUGGAGUGGUUCUUUGAGCUGGAUGAGUAGUCGGUGAUGCCCGGCUACCCCAAACUGAUCCAGGACAUCUGGGGUAUCAGAGGACCUAUAGAUGCUGCCUUCACACGUAUCAACUGCCAGGGCAAGACAUACCCACAUAAGGGGAACAAGUACUGGCGGUUUGAUGAUGGUGUGCUGGAGGAGGACUAUCCCAGGGAUAUCAAUGUGGGCUUUGAGAAGAUACCAGACGGCGUGAACGCAGCCUUCGCCAUAGCAGCCCCUGGACACCACGCCAAAGAGAAGGUCUACUUCUUCAAAGGUGACCAGUACUACCAGUAUGAGUUCAAGCACCAGCCAUCACAUGAGGAGUGUAUCAAGACAUCAGCUGGGUCUCCCUCUGCUCUGUUCACAGCCUACACUGACAUCUACCACAACAACUGGGAGGAACUCUUCAACAUGCUCUUCAGAGGCAUCCCCAACCACCAUGGUGGGCAUCGGUUCAUCAACAAGGACUGGAUCGGCAUCAAGGCCCCAGUGGACGCUGUUAUGACAGGCAGACUCUACAUCACCCCCAGGCCACUGGCCGCACCCCUGUCCCCACCUUUACCCCCUUUACGGGACCGCAACGACGGGAGGCGCCAGCCAUGGGACCAACAGUGGGGGCAGUAUCGCAAACAGUAUGGCCAACAGGAUCAGCAAAAUGGACAGCAAUAUGGACAACAAUAUUUACAUUUACAUUUACGUCAUUUAGCAGACGCUCUUAUCCAGAGCGACUUACAAAUUGGUGCAUGCAAAGCUAGCCACUAUGGACAACAAGGGCAACAAAAUGGACAGCAGUGGGACCAGCAGUGGGGCCGACGCAGAAAUAGACACCAGUCUUACUGGGGUGCCGGGACGGAAAUGGCUAUGGGGCAGGCGUUCGCAGAGAAGUGGAUGGAUAUGGAGAAAGGAUUCGCUGAGAGGGAGAUGGAUCUCGGUCGGAAUCUGGCGGAGACGGGGAUGGCUAUAGAGGGGAUGUUUGGAGGGUGGGACAUGCGCCGGACGGAUGCUAGGGACGAAGACAGAGACAGAGAUAGAAGGAGGGAUGACCAGGAUAGGAGGAGGGACGAACAGGACAGGAGAAGAGAUGGAUACAACUAUAACUCCAGAUUCAACGCUGACGAAAGUGCCUACUGGGAGUUUGUCAACAAAGGCCAACCAGUGCAGAGCGUCUACUUCUUCAAGGGAGAUAAAUACUACAGAGUGGAUCUGAAGACCAAGAAAGUGGACCCAGCCAGCCCUCCUUACCCCAGGUCCAUCGGCAAGUACUGGCUGGGCUGCCCUGAAAAACACCUGGGGGCAGAGAAGAAAUAGUUUCACAACUGGAUAAAGAAACAUAUGCAGUAUGUAAAGCAUGUACAUCAAAGACUCAAAUAGACAGUAAUUUGAAGCUAGAUAAUUUGAACAAUCACUUCACAAAAAUGUUCUGAUGUGAGGACAUUUCUGUUUGUACCUGGAAUGCUUAUAUUUACAUUUACAUUUACGUCAUUUAGCAGACGCUCUUAUCCAGAGCGACUUACAAAUUGGUGCAUUCAC